CCAUGUUUCACGACGGCCCCAGUGUGUGAUUAAACACCCCCUCCCCGCUCCCUCCUCUUCUACUGCCAUUCAUUCUUUCUUCUCCCAGUUGAACGGGAGAUAGGGACAACGGCGGAGGACAGGAGAGCGGGCAAGCAGCGCAGCCCCGUUCUUUCCUUUCCGUGCUUUUGCAUCGCUUUAUGGGUUUUCUUUAGCUUCUUGGAUUUAUAAAUGUUUCGUAACGGGCGGUGCUGCAUCGGCAGCGCGAAAGAGACGGCAGCAACUCUACGGAUUUAACGGGAAAUAACGCUAGCGGGGGCUCCUUUCAAAAUUACAUCACCCGGCUAUGUGUUUCAAUAUCUAGUCAGGUCGCCCAAGAAAUAACAUAUAGGCUGCGCGCAUUUGCAAUCUUUCAUUUUUGGGUUAUCAACUAGCGGGAAAAGAUCGGCAAUACCUGGUUGGAUGGUCGACCCUUGGCCUAGGACACCAUGAGCACCAUCUCCCCCACCGACUUCGACAGCCUGGAGAUACAGCAGCAGUACAAUGACAUCAACAACCGCUGGGACCUAGCCGCCGAGACCGAAUGGGACAACGAGAACAGCUCGGCGCGGCUCUUCGAGCGUUCCCGGAUCAAGGCUCUGGCAGAUGAGCGCGAGGCCGUGCAGAAGAAGACCUUCACCAAAUGGGUGAACUCGCACCUGGGUCGCGUCACCUGCCGCAUCGGAGAUCUGUACACGGACCUCCGCGAUGGCCGCAUGCUCAUCCGUCUGCUGGAGGUGCUGUCCAGCGAGCAGCUGCCCAAGCCCACCAAGGGCCGUAUGCGGAUCCACUGCCUGGAGAAUGUCGACAAGGCCUUGCAGUUCCUCAAAGAGCAGAAGGUCCAUCUGGAGAACAUGGGCUCCCACGACAUCGUCGACGGCAACCAUCGCCUCACAUUGGGCCUCAUCUGGACCAUCAUCCUCCGCUUCCAGAUCCAGGACAUCAGCGUGGAGACUGAGGACAACAAGGAGAAGAAGUCAGCGAAGGACGCCCUGCUGCUUUGGUGCCAGAUGAAGACUGCAGGGUACCCCAAUGUCAACGUCCACAACUUCACGACCAGCUGGAGGGACGGCCUGGCGUUCAAUGCCAUCGUACACAAGCACAGGCCGGACCUGAUCGAGUUCGACACCCUGAAGAGGUCCAACGCCCACUACAACCUGCAGAAUGCCUUCAACGUGGCCGAGAAGGAACUGGGCCUCACCAAACUGCUCGACCCCGAGGAUGUGAAUGUGGACCAGCCGGACGAGAAGUCCAUCAUCACCUAUGUGGCCACCUACUACCACUACUUCUCCAAGAUGAAGGCCCUGGCCGUGGAGGGCAAAAGGAUCGGCAAGGUGCUGGACUACGCCAUCGAGGCUGACCAGCUGAUCGAGAAGUACGAGACGCUGGCGUCGGAGCUGCUGCAGUGGAUCGAGCAGACCAUCAUCACGCUGAACGACCGGCAGCUCGCCAACUCCCUGGGCGGAGUCCAGAACCAGCUGCAGGCCUUUAACACAUACCGGACCGUGGAGAAGCCCCCAAAGUUUACGGAGAAGGGAAACCUGGAGGUUCUGCUUUUCACCAUCCAGAGCAAGAUGAGAGCCAACAACCAGAAGGUCUACAUGCCCAGGGAGGGCAAGCUCAUCUCCGACAUCAACAAGGCGUGGGAGCGGCUGGAGAAGGCGGAGCACGAGCGCGAGCUGGCGCUGCGCAACGAGCUGAUUCGCCAGGAGAAGCUGGAGAUGCUGGCGGCCCGCUUCGACCGCAAGGCGGCCAUGAGGGAGACCUGGCUGAGCGAGAACCAGCGCCUUGUCUCCCAGGACAACUUUGGCUUGGAGCUGGGCGCCGUGGAAGCGGCUACGCGGAAACACGAGGCCAUCGAGACGGACAUCGGCGCGUACGGGGAGCGCGUGGCCGCUGUGGAGGCAGUGGCGCGCGAGCUGGAGGCGGAGGGAUACCACGAGGUGCGGCGCGUGCUGGCCCGGCGCGACAACGUGCUGCGGCUGUGGGAGUACCUGCGCGAGCUGCUGGCUGCGCGCCGCGAGAGGCUGCAGGCCCACCGCGACCUCCAGAGGCUGCUGCAGGAGAUGAGCUACAUCAUGGACUGGAUGGCCGACAUGAAGGGGCGCCUGCAGUCCCAGGACAGCGGGAAGCACCUGCACGACGUGGAGGACCGGCUGCAGACGCACACGCUGGUGGAGGCGGACAUCUCGGCGCAGGCGGAGCGUGUGCGGGCCGUGCAGGCGACUGCGCUGCGCUUCACCAGCAUCCAACAGAUCUACAAGCCAUGUGACCCCGCCCUGGUCAGUGAGAAGGUGCUGCGGCUGGGCCGUGCCUACGACGAGCUGGGCCAGCUGGCGGGCGAGCAGCGUGUCCGCCUGGAAGACUCGCGGCGGCUCUGGCAGUUUCUGUGGGAGCUGGGCGAGGAGGCGGCCUGGAUCCGCGAGCAGGAGCAGAUCCUGGCGGCAGGCGAAUCGGGCCGCGACCUCAGCUCGGCGCUGCACCUGCUCAGCAAACACGAGGCCUGAGACGAGAUGGCCGCCCGCUACGGGCCCCUGGGUCACAGCAUUGCUGCCGGCGAGGCCCUCGUGCGUGAGGGCCACUUCGGGGCCCCCGAGGUUUUGGAGCGGAUCCGCGAUGUCCGGGCGCAGUGGACGCACCUAGAGGAGGCCUCCCGAGAGAGGGAACAGCGCCUCCGUGAGGCGGUGGCCCUGCACCAGUUCCAGACGGACGCCAACGACAUGGAGGCCUGGAUCCUGGAGACGCUGCGGCGGGUGUCCAGCGCGGAUUUGGGUCACGACGAGUUCUCCACGCAGACGCUGGCGCGCAAGCAGAGGGAGGUGGAGGAGGAGAUCCAGAGCCACCGCCCUCUCAUCGACUCGCUGCAUGAGCAGGCGCUGGGCUUGCCCCCCGCCUACGCCCGCUCCCCCCAGGUCGAGGGCCGACUUCCCGCCAUCGAGCAGCGCUAUGAGGAGCUGGAGGCGCUGUCGGUGGCGCGGAGGCAGGCCCUGGAGGGGGCGCUAGCCCUGUACCGCAUGUUCAGCGAGGCGGGCGCCUGUCAGCUGUGGGUCGGGGAGAAGGAGCAGUGGCUGCACAACAUGGAGAUCCCCACCAAGCUGGAGGACCUGGAGGUGGUGCAGCAGAGGUUUGAGACCCUGGAGCCUGAGAUGAACAACCUGGCUGCCCGCAUCACCGACGUGAACCAGGUCGCUCAACAGCUGCUUGGCACAGAUAACUGCAGCAAGGAGCAGAUCCAUCAGACUCAGGACCAGCUCAACAACCGUUGGAAGGAGUUCCAGCGGCUGGCUGACCACAAAAAGCUGGCCCUGGAGUCAGCGCUGAACAUCCAGAAUUAUCACCUGGAGUGCAAUGAGAUCCAGAGCUGGAUGCGGGAGAAGACAAAAGUGAUCGAGUCCACCCAGGGCCUGGGCAACGACCUGGCCGGGGUCAUGGCCCUCCAGCGCAAGCUCACGGGCAUGGAGCGUGACCUGGAGGCCAUCCAGGGUAAGUUGGACAACUUGCAUCAGGAGGCUCAGAAGCUGGCGCAGGAGCACCCGGACCAAGCCUCGGAGAUCCAGGCCCGGCUGGGGGAGAUCCAGGAGGUGUGGGAGGAGCUGAACGACACCAUGACGGCGGAGGAAUCCCUGGGCGAGGCCAGCAAGCUGCAGGGCUUCCUGCGCGACUUGGACGACUUCCAGGCCUGGCUGUCCCGCACACAGACGGCCGUGGCCUCUGAGGAGCCCACCUCACUGGCGGAGGCCGAGCGCCUGCUGGCCCAGCACGAGGGCAUCAAGAACGAAGUGGACAAUUACCGGGAGGACUACGAGAAGAUGCGGGCGCUGGGCGCCGAGGUGACACAGGGUCAGACGGACGCGCAGCACAUGUUCCUGGCCCAGAGGCUACAAGCGCUGGACACGGGCUGGCAUGAACUGCGUCGCAUGUGGGAGAACCGGCACAGCCUGCUGGCACAGGCCUUCGACUUCCAAACCUUCUUACGGGACGCCAAGCAGGCAGAGGGCUUCCUCAACAGCCAGGAGUAUGUGCUGUCCCACACGGAGAUGCCAGCCAGUCUCCGGGCCGAGGACUCCAUCAAGAAGCACGAGGACUUCCUGACCACCAUGGAGGCCAGCGAGGAGAAGAUUGCCGGCGUGGUGGAUUCCGGACGCCGCCUGGUCAGCGAUCGCAACGCCAACGCCGACAAGAUCCAGGAGAAAGCCGACUCCAUCCAGGAGAGACACAAGAAGAACAAGCAAGCAGCCAGUGAGUUCUUGGCUAAACUCAAAGACAACCGAGAACUGCAGCACUUCUUGCAAGACGGACAAGAGCUGACUCUCUGGAUCAACGAGAAGAUGCUGACGGCCCAGGACAUGUCGUACGACGAGGCCAGGAACCUCCACAGCAAGUGGCAGAAGCACCAGGCCUUCAUGGCCGAGUUGGCGUCGAACAAGGACUGGCUGGACAAGAUCGACAAGGAGGGUCAAGCCCUGGUGCUUGAGAAGCCCGAGCUGGAGUCGAUAGUAAAACAAACCCGGGCAGGCCUCCAGCGCCAGUGGGAAGACCUGGAAAGCACCACCCGCACCAAGGCGCAGUGCCUCUUUGACGCCAACAGGGCGGAGCUCUUCACCCAGAGCUGCUCGGCCCUGGACUCCUGGCUGAAGAACCUGUCCACUCAGCUGCAGAGCGACGACUAUGGCAAGGACCUGACCAGCGUCAACAUCCUGCUCAAGAAGCACCAGAUGCUGGAGCACCAGAUGGAGGUGCGUGAGAAGGAGGUGGAGUCGUUACAGGCCCAAGCGCAGGCCUUGUCCCAAGAGGAUGCCGGCCUGGCGGAGGUGGACAGCCAGCAGAGGAGGGUCACUGAAAGCUUCUGCCAGCUCCAGGAUCCACUGAGGCAGCGGCGGCAGCAGCUGCUGUCUUCCAAGGAGGCCCACCAGUUUAACCGCGACCUGGAGGACGAGAUUCUCUGGGUGAAGGAGAGGAUGCCCCUGGCCACCUCCACAGACCAUGAGGACCUACCCAGCGUGCAGCUACUCAUCAAGAAGAACCAGACCUUGCAGAAGGAGAUCCAGGGCCACCAGCCGCGAAUCGAUGACAUCCAGGUGCAUGGUCACUCCAUGGCUCCGGGCCAGGACCAGGUGGAUGGCGAGCGGCAGUCCCGGCUUGACGAGCGCCUGGCCGAGCUGCGAGACUCCUGGGCCCGGUUCAUGGCCGAGACGGAGCAGCGCCGGGGCCGCCUGGUGGAGGCACACCGCGCCCAGCAGUUCUAUGCGGAUGCCCCCGAGGCCGAGGCCUGGAUGGGGGAACAGGAGCUGCACAUGAUGUCCGAGGAGAAAGCUAAGGACGAGCAGAGCGCCCUGGCGAUGGUGAAGAAGCACCAGAUUCUGGAACAGGCCCUGGAGGACUAUGCCCAGACCAUCCACCAGCUGGCCAAUAGCAGCCGACUAAUGGUGACCAGCGAGCACCCAGAGAGCGAACGCAUCACCCUACGGCAAGCCCAGGUGGACAAGCUGUACGCCGGUCUGAAGGACCUGGCGGAGGAGCGCCGCGGCCGGUUGCAGGAGCGACUCCGGCUCACGCAGCUCAAGCGGGAGGUGGACGACCUGGAGCAGUGGAUCGCUGAGCGGGAGGUGGUGGCCGGCUCCCAUGAGCUGGGUCAGGACUAUGAGCACGUUACGAUGCUGCGGGACAAGUUCCGCGAGUUCGCCCGGGACACCAGCACCAUCGGGCAGGAGCGUGUGGAUGGCGUCAACGCCCUGGCCGACGAGCUGAUUGAGUCGGGCCACCCAGAGAACGCCAGCGUGGCCGAGUGGAAGGACGGCCUGAACGAGGCGUGGGCAGACCUGCUGGAGCUGAUCGACACGCGCACGCAGAUGCUGGCCGCCUCCUACGAGCUGCACCGCUUCCACCAGGACGCCCGCGAGGUGCUGGGUCGCGUACGGGAGAAGAAUGAGGCCCUGCCCUCCGAUUUGGGCCGCGACCUCAACACCGUGCAGCACCUGCACCGACAGCACAACGCCUACGAGCACGACAUCCAGGCCCUCAGCGGACAGGUGAGCCAAGUGCAGGACGACGGGGCGCGGCUCCAGAAGGCCUACGCCGGUGAGAAGGCCGACGACAUCCACAGGCACGAGCGCGCCGUAUCUGAGGCUUGGGAAGCCCUGCUGGCCGCUGGUCAGGCUCGCCGGCUCCUCCUGCUGGACACAGUCGAGAAGUUCCGCUUCUUCAACAUGGUGCGAGACCUCAUGCUCUGGAUGGAUGGGGUCAAUCUGCAGAUCGACGCCCACGACAGCCCGAGGGAUGUAUCCUCGGCGGGACUCGUCAUCGCCAACCACCAGGACAUCAAGUCGGAGAUCGAAGCCAGGGCUGACAGCUUCACGGCCUGCAAGGAAAUGGGCGGGGCGCUGGUCAGCAACAACCACUAUGCUGCCGACGAGAUCCAGGAGAAGCUGGACCAGUUGCAGGCCAAGAGGGAUGAAAUCAAUAAGAAGUGGAAAGACAAGAUGGACCACCUCCAGAUCGUCCUGGAGGUGCUGCAGUUUGGGAGGGACGCCUCGGUGGCGGAGUCCUGGCUGGCGGGGCAGGAGCCGCUGGUGCGGGCGGCUGAGCUGGGCUCCAACGUGGACGAGGUGGAGAGCCUGAUCAAGCGGCACGAGGCCUUCGAGAAGCUGGCGGCUGGCUGGGAGGAGCGCUUCGUCCAGCUGGAGAAGCUCACCACGCUGGAGGAGCAGGAGAUCCAGAGGAAGAGGGAGGAAGAGGAGAGAGCGCGACGACCCCCCACGCCACCCCCGGCCGAGGAGAUGGUACUGUCCGAAGCGGAGAGCCAAAAACAUGAGUCCAAUGCCAGGACCAGUCUGGACCAGACCACCCCUUAACCAGUCAGUGUCUGUGAACGGAAUCCACAGCGAUCAGGAAACUUCGCAGGGCUCCGAGUCCGAGUCGGCGAACGGCCCAGGUCGAGAUAGCGGGCUGGCCUCCUCGUCCCGCCUGGACCCGUCUGCCCCCUUCUCCACGUUGCCUGGGAAGAGCCCGGCUGAGCAGACGCCCCUGGAGACCAUGGAG